AAGAUGAUAGUUCAUUUAUUUCCUUGCACAUUACUAACUGGAACACAAGUUAAAGAAAGGGACUUUUAUGUUGCUUCUUGGAGCCGGACGUGCAGUGACGUCAUAAGGAGUGAGCGGCUCUCGUCUGUCGGUGGAGGGAGAGAAGAUUGAGGUAGAUGCUGAAGAAACGAUCUUAAAUGACACAAUCUUCAGUGAAGUCACUAUCACACCAGUUCAUCUAUAAAUACUGUGAAGAAGUCAAACAAGCAGCUGCUGUCACAACACAUUCAACUACUCUACUAUUCUGAUCCACUGUUGUAAUGAUGGAGUGUGUUAAAGAGGAGACUGAUCCUGAAUCAUUCACAAUAACACCUCAACAUACUCAACAACAAAGAGGUUUGUCUCUAAUCUUAAUGACUGAUAAAGAGCAUCUUCAGGAACAUACAAUAAGUAACACCGAUGAGACGACCUUUGCCUGCCCUCAGUGUGGCAAAUGUUUUAAACGAAAAAGAAAUCUUAAUGCUCACUUAAAGACUCACACUACUGAAAGGCCCUACAGCUGCCCUCAAUGUGGAAAGACUUACAGAUAUCAGUGGCACCUUAAGGAACAUUUAAUGACUCACACUGGCGAGAGGCCCUUCACCUGCCCUCAGUGUGAUAAGGGUUUUUCAUUUAAAAAAAGUCUUGAUGCUCACUUAAAAACUCACGCUGGAGGAAAGUUAUACAUUUGCCCUCUGUGUGAAAAGACUUACAAAUCUAAAGAGUCCCUGAAAAGACAUAAAAUAAGUCACACUGACCACAAGCCUUUCUCUUGCCCUCAAUGUGGAAAGAGUUUUACAGAAAGAGGACACCUUAAUAGUCACAUGAGGAUUCACAGUGUUAAUGGGCCUCACACCUGUCCUCAUUGUGGGAAGAGUUUCACAUCAAAAACCCAUCUGCAGGAUCACAUUCGAGUUCACACUGGAGAGAAACCUUUCAUGUGCCCGCAGUGUGACAAGAGUUUUAAACAACGUGCACAUCUUCUGUCUCACAUACGAAUUCAUACAGGUGAGAAGCCAUCUGUGUGCCAUCUGUGUGGUAAGCGUUAUGCACAGGCACGAAAUCUUAAAUUUCAUCUGAUGUUUCACCAUUCAGUAGAAAACCCCUAAAAGUGUUCACAUUGUGGAAAGAGUUUUAUUGAGUCUGUGACGCUGAUCAAACACAAGUGACUGUAUACUGGAGAGAAGCUGCACCGCUGUCAUUCAUGUUGGAGAAGUUUUUAGACGAUCACACAGCUGCGAGCACAUGAUGUGAAAUGCAGAGAAACCUCACGAUUGAAUUACUCCCAAAAUAUAUUAAUUUUCAUGCAUUACAUAAAGUGGUGUAAUUUGUUACUAUAGCUUAAGGACCCUGUCCCGGGUCCAAAAUGUCUUAUUUUGACUUAAUAUAAAAUAUUCUUUUAAUCUUCAAUGGUCUGUCAUGGACCCCAGUAACACAUAUGAGAUACUGUUUGAAAGCUUAGAGUAUCUACUUUCUGCAGAUAUGCAUCACUUUGAGAUAUCUUUUACUGUCAGAAAGUUAUUUACACUUUAUUUACACUAUCACCCCCCCCCAUAAAUUUGUAUAUCAUUUAAUAUUCACAUAUUUCAUAUUUUUCAAGUAUGACAAACAUGGGCAAGUCUUAUAUCAAAUAAAAGCUCUCAUUUUCAUGAAUAA